UUAUUGGGGUUUGUGAGGCUAGAUUCAUUAUUGGAGUUUGUGAGGCUAGAUUCAUUAUUGAGGUUUGUGGGGCUAGAUUCAUUAUUGAGGUUUGUGAGGCUAGAUUCAUUAUUGGAGUAUGUGAGGCUAGAUUCAUUAUUGGGGUUUGUGAGGCUAGAUUCAUUAUUGGAGUUUGUGAGGCUAGAUUCAUUAUUGAAGUUUGUGAGGCUAGAUUCAUUAUUGGAGUUU